UGCUGUUAAUUAAUGAGUAUUCUUGUUUACCUAGACAGUAGUUUCAACCAUUACAAGUUACAUCAUUGAUCGCUAGCCUCAUCACUUCCAGAAAUCAUUGUUUUUUUGUUGUAAGAAUUAUUACUUCGUACCACUUCGAACUUUUAUAUCACAGUAGUUGAUUCACUUGACACACGGAUAACAACUUCGCACUGUCUUUUCUGGAUGCAUUGGUGUGGUAACACUAACUGUCCUUAAAGUUAGUAUUAGCCGAUGCAAGACAAAUCAAUGAGUGCCGGGAAGUGCAUGAACGCAGACCGCUAGAAUUUGUAAUAACACCUGCUGCUUGACUCCACAGUUCUCUUCAGCAGGCCCUCGUGAUACCCACACAAAUGGGAGCGAACGGCAAGUGUCUGUUUACGUUCGGAAAAGGGUGCCACAAUAGUAUCAAGCACGUGCCACGAUACCCUUUUAACAAAGGGUCAGUCAAUUGCUUGAGAGGUGAUUAUGUGUGGAAAGUAACAGUACGUGAGUGGUGCCUUUCGUUAAACUAGAAACCCAAUAUUGUAAUGUGCCUUUAACUGCCUGUAGCCGAUUUGAGGGAAUCUCAAGCAAAUUGGUUUUUUCCUGAUUUAAAAGGCUGUAAUACAUUCAACCGGUCCGCCAGAAACAAGUGUAAAAUUUGUGGUUAAUAUAUCUGUGCUUUGGAAGUCAAAUAAUUAUUUGGAAAAAGAGAUACACUUACGAUCUUCAAAGACUACUACGUGACAGUGCUGACUACAAGUAAAAGAGACAGGAAUGUCUCCAGACGACCUGGAAUGUGUUGGUGCUCUUUUCACAGACCUCUGCGUUGAUUCUGAAGUGGCUCGAAUAAAAGGACUGCCCGACCCUUUACAGUUCUACAGAAGUUUUGUUAGUCCCAAUCGGCCCGUCAUAAUAGAAGGUGCUUGUGCCUCAUGGCCAGCUCUUCGUCGAUGGACCAAUGAGUACCUAAAAACUCUAGAUAUGCUAAUCACUGUUGCUAUUACACCUGACGGCUGGACGGACGCUAUCCGAGGCGGGAAGUUCUGUCUUCCAUAUGAGACCCAAAUGUCUUUCGCAAACUUUAUAGAAGCCAUGGAAAAGCCUCGCUCGGAUGAAGUUUUGUAUAUCCAAAAGCAGAAUUCGAAUCUAGAAGAUGAAUUCAGCUCUUUGUGGAAUGACAUCACGCCCGAUUUGCGGGAUUGGGGCUCACAAGUUUUCGGAGCAAAUCCUGACGCCAGUAAUUUCUGGAUGGGCGACCAUCGAGCCAUUACCUCGAUGCACAAGGACCAUUAUGAGAACCUUUAUGCGGUUGUCAGAGGCUACAAGACGUUUACUCUAUGUCCGCCUCACUCGAUACUGCGAAUACCGCAUCGACUAUGCAAAAACUUCAUGCACCGACGUCACAAUAACAAUGAUGGUAUCCUUUCAUCCGGGACCUCUUAUAGCUGCUCCGGCAGCAAUGAAACAUCUCAAAAAAGCCAAUGGACGUUAGAGGAAACACAAGGCGAAACCCUUUGGGUGGACGGCCGCCCUGGCGAAUGGCCUGGUGUCCAAUGCCUCAAAACAGUACUGAAGAUGGGUGACGUUUUAUACCUACCUUCGUUAUGGUUUCACCAGGUUCAACAGUCACAUCAAAGUAUUGCUAUUAAUUUUUGGUUUGAUAUGAAAUACGACCAGAGGUACUGCUAUUUCAAGAUGGGUGAACUACUGAAUACAACAACUGCUCCAUAUACGCGGCAACACCUCUCUAAAGCAGGCCUGCAUUAAUAAAUUAGCGAUUAAUCGGCCAGCUUUUACCAACGUUUAUUGAUGUUGCUUAUCUAUUUUCGACACGCUGUGAUUCAUCGGGUGUGCUGUACAAUUAGGUCUUGGGGUAAAUGGAAACACUCUUUGAAUCGAUGAGGUUCAAAUACGAUCACGCAUUAUUUAAAAUAAUUUCGGUUUGGGAAAGAUUCAAAUACAUUUAUAAUAAAAGUAAAUAGCAUUUAUGUGAGUUGCUCAACUAAGCAAGGAUAAUUAAUACUGCAAUAUUUUAGGAGAAUCCUAUGAUGAUUGGCCUGUGUUUGUAGGUGAAUAGGUUUGUAGGUUUAUACUCUUAGUUUUGAAUCGGGAAGGUGGCGUUAAAGGUAUACGACAGGUUUCUUUAGUAAAAAGAAAUUUCCAAGGUGACGAAUUUUUUGUCACACUACUACAACGGAACAGCGAACCUGAAUUUAUAUAGCAAAGUAUAUUUUCAUAAUUAUCGACAAAAAAACAUGAUCUCGAAUUUAACAAAUAAGUCGAAUUCUAGUGUAUUAGUGGAACAGCUUUGGCAGAAAUAAAAAGCCUGGGCUUGUCCUAGCAACUGAAGAGCUAAUAACCGGAUUCUUGGAAAUAACGAAGUCCGCGAGUCCAACGUGGGUAGGUAAGUAACGACUCGUUCCGUGUAUGGGGAGUCCAUAACACAUGGCAAUGUGUUAUGGCACCCCCAUAUGGCAAGCUCGAUACAUUCGACGCUAAUUGAGCUUAAUUGAUAUUGACACCGAGUCAAAGAGAAAACCCAGAGCUGUAAAGUACUUAAGCCGAACCCUUGAUAGUGUAGACUAAACAAGUUUAAGCUUCGGAUGCUUGAAGUAUCUGUUUUCAAAUGCAUUCUUAAGCAUUUACUGAUAUUUUAAAUAAGCGUACGUAUAUUCAUAAAUGAGUGAGCUCUUGUUAAUGUAACGAUGAGCACAAUUUUAUGGAACGCCCUGCUUUAGUAGUUUUGUAGUACUGAGGAAAUAUGAAACAUAUGGGAACAUGUUCGAUAAGCAAUUUUAUUAAUGUGCUGAAAGGCAAAAAGGAUAACUCUAUAUUUAGACGAAAACAACAAAUUUUAUAGAUUUUUAUUGCAAUUUUUUUUAUUACACAUGCAGCGAGAAGUCAUUUCCAUAUUGGCACUGGCUGUUAUACUCUAAUAAAUAAAAUAAAAAUUUAAACAGAAGAAGCAGUGGUAGUAGCACAGAACCGUAGAGAUGAACUGUCAUGCGAAAAAUGAGUUUUACAACCAUAUACAUCGAGGUGUAUAAUGCUGUGCUAGGUAUAUAAAAAUGCUUAAUCUUCUUUAUUCGGCUUUUGGAUAUCAGUUGUUACACCAGAAACAAUGUAGGCGGACCCUCUAAUUCCGGAAUCUCAGAAAUAAGAGAAUAUCGAUUUUCUAUCAUAGGACAAGCUUAUGUUACUACAAUUAAGGCCCCAAUUGGUCUAUAGGGAGGGUUAUUUAAUCUAUAUUUUGUAUAGAUUAGGAUAGGUCUAAUUGUUGUCGUAAAACUUGCUGUAUAAUAUAUACUACUAAAAUAUAUACUAACGUAUAACGCAGGAAGCCAAGCGUACGAUGCAACCUUUAAUGGCAGUACUGUAAUUCCGGAAUCAUUUACAUGAUGGCGCGCCUGAGUUGAGACUUUGAUCCUUAAGACUAUUAAGUCAAACAAAUAUGUCAUCCUUGACGGUCAUGUUUAUUUAUUAUAACCACCAUUUACUGAGAUUGCAGUUUCGAUUUGGGCCCUAAGUUGCUUAAAGGGUCAUUUCGAAUGUUUUCUUGGCGAUUCUGCGAACGCUUCUUUGACAAAGGCGGUAGUAAGCCAGUCGACGUUGUCAUGUAAAGUCUUGUCAAACGUUUCAAUAAUGCCACUACACCUUCAAUUGGGGUCUUAAAACUUUAUCAUUUUCAAUAUAUAUUUUUUUUUUAUAACUUUUUAAUUGUAACCACGCGUCGCUCGAUAUUGGUAUAUGUAAAUUAAUCAAAUGUCACGAAACACGCCACAUAUAAAGAAUAUCAGAAGGAUAUAAUUUCGGGCUGGUCUUUCCAAAAUGCAUAAGCCCAGAACAGCCCAAAAACUUGAAGGGGCGAAUUGUUAAAGCUUAAUUGGAUUUAAUUGGCGACUGUCAUUCUCCCGUCUAAAGCGGCAGUCGAUUUUCUUUUUCGAAACCCUAAAUCUAUUAGUAAUAACGCUUUGGGCCAUGUUGGUUAAUUUGUGAGCUCCUUAGAUCUAAAUUCUAUUGAGAAUCUUCCAGUUUGCUUUCUGCAAAUCUUCGGCAGAUUUUCCGCAUGAAAGCUAGAAAUAACUUAAACUGUCGAUUUCGGUAAUAAGAGAAAAUUAUUAAUCUCGGUGGGAGUUCGUUUAGCAAAGAAUGAUUGGAUAAUUGAUUUCUCUCAAAUUGCGAAAACAGCACACUGUGGUCGUUGUUGCUUUAUUUUAGUAAAAAUUAGUUUCAUUCUGGUGCCAGGAAUAGAGACGAGGGUAUGCUCGUUAGGAUAAAAAGCCUAUCAAAGCAUUUCUCAGUUUGAACGCAUUACCUAGUAUUACAUGCGGUCCAUGCAGAUUUUCAUACGCAAGGCAUUGAACGACACCAACAAACCAAGCUAAAGCAUUCAGGCUGGUGAACCCUUUACAGCGCAUGUGGGAAAACUACAACUAGCUUAGUCUUUUUCCUCCGUCAGCCUGACGUUAUUUCAGGCACUGCAACAAAUGCAUUUCCGUGUUGUCACCUACAUUUAUGUUUUGCUUAUGCUAUUUAAUAGAGCAGCACCGGAAAGGUGUCAUCUAUUUUUGUACGCACGUUAAUAUGAUGAAAGGCCAUAUUUGCUUUGUAUCACUCUUUACUAGAUUAAGUUAUGCUUAAAGCAACUCGGCUGACUUGCCAGUUUCUGCCUAAGGCAAUCCAAAAAAGAUUAAGUUUCGUUCCUAAACAAAAUCUUCGUCAAAUAAGCAAUAUCACAAAGCAUUAUCAAAGUACUACUCUGCGGUUACGUACAAUCUACGCACAGAGGUAUCACAUUAUUCAAUUUGGUGCUUCAUUAUAUACAAUAAUAAUAUACAGACAAAAUAUAACCUCCGCUUUUAAUGAAGACAUUUAGCUGUGGCUAUCGGGGUCAAUCGACACUGCAGAAUAAUAUGCUGUGUGAAAAUGUGAUCUGUUAAGCAAUCGGCGGUUAAGCUGUAGUUCAUUAUUGAGAGGAAUUACUAAAUGGUACGAAUCCAGUGUUCACUUUUCACACUUCAUACAAGACCCAAGUCGUCUUAAGACCGUGUAUCUUGAUGAUAGUCCGAGAUACUAUGAUAGUAGGUCACAGGUUGCUUCGGCGCCUUAGCUUGCAAAAGUAAGGCGCGGGCAUGGUAAGGAGCAGAACUGAAUUUUUUUGCACCUUCCAUCGUUUUUUUGUCAGAAAGGUUCAUUUUUAUGUAGUAAUAUAGCUAGUUCUGCUGUUUGUGCAUGCGAUUCGUUCAAGUAAUGAUAUAUAUAUCAUGUAUAUGCUUAACAAAAAAAUAAACGAAGGCCAUACAAUCUGGUUAGUAACUCGAGCAAUAUAGCUUGUUUGUAGUGCCACGUAAUGUUGCUUUAAAUGGGACUAUUUUCGUUUCGUAAACCAUGUUUUCGUUAUGCCUUCAUCUUUAUCAUGCAUAGCUACAGUCGCAAACAUGCAAUGUAUAGCUAGCUGGGAAAUUUGCAAAGGUAGUAUGAUAUCGAAGGCUGUGUUGUAUGCACGUUGAAAAAGAAUGGUCGAUUCAUAGUAGAAAUAAACACCGAUGAACAAAACGGACUUCAGCGAUGAUGUUUUUGAGUUGCCCAAAAAAUACGAUUGAUUAAUCAAUCAUUGCAAGACUUUGUACGCAAAGGUGAUUCGGACGUCUAAACUAAUAAAGAAUGAAUAACAAUUGUAUCAAAUAUGUCACGCGCUGUCAUAUCAUAACGCGGAUCGAUGAAAUGUAGCUGGCACGUACAGCAGACUUCCACGCCAUAUUUUGGUUUACAAUGGUUUUCGGUUCGAUUAAUUGCGGCGGUCUCCGUCCUAUUUGUCCCGUUUUAUUUCUUCGAUCGUUGCCCAUAGAUAUAAUAAAAAAUUCGAUCGCUUCUAAUACAUGCUAGUUUUUACAAAAUCUAAUGGAAUGUUCUACAUGACGCGUACGCACGACCCACCGAUUGGUAAUGUAAUGAUUAAUACAAAUAGGAUCCCCAGUCCCAAAAGUGCGUUGGUAUAAACGUCCUUUUUCUGCCAUAAUUCUACUUUAGAGUAUCUCAAUACUUACUGGCUGUAUACAAUCACCUAUAACACUUCAUACUUGUCGAAUCUUCUUUCGAAGAAACGCUUCUCUCUUCAAACACUCCGCUGAAUAAUAUUUAAGCUUAUGCUAUAUGCUUUUAAAACUAAGGUUUGUAAAAUGACAGUAGUAGUACUUUAGCACUUAACAGUGGAACGUGUUUGAUAAUCACUCUAGGGUAGCUAUCCACCAUAUGAAUUGGUUGCUUCGAAGGGUAGAUAAUUUUUCUGCAUAAUUUCCUUACAGAACAUAAUUGCAUUAAUAUAAGGUACAAUGACCAUGUCGCAGCAUAUAUUUUCCCGCGCACAGGAGCUUUAGCUUUUUAAGCUAGCAUCUCUAGUACGGGCACUAUACUUCACGGUUUGAAAAAGCGCUCUUCAAUCUCACUUUUGUAUGCAAAAAUAUACAACGUUUCCCGGUAUGAGUUUUAUAAGGAUUAUAAACGUUACUGUUCGUCUAUGCCAGCAUUAAGCGCCUCAUAUGUUCCGUACGUUUGGACUAGUUGCCUAGUGUUCGAAUCCGGCCUAAUUGUUUGAAAAUUGUGCUAUCUUGCCGUCAUUUGACAUUGCCACAACUCUGAUCGACACACUCGAGCCUGACAUAUCACAGUCGAUAUUUUCCAAAGGAGCAUCUAACUAAGAAAUCCAAACGCGCUAUGGUGAAGGUGCGCUGAAUUAUUUCUGCGCCUGAUAUAAAAGUACUAAACGUUAGCAGACGAUGGAUUGCUUUCGAUGUGCUUCCAGAUAAGUAAAAUUGAUCGCACAAUGCGUUCAUUAAGUCUGUUCAUAGAGAAUACGACGACGAUGUGACAGUCACUGUAAUGAAACUUGAAUGCCAAUGUUCGUUACUGUCACAUUGUCGUCGUUUCACCCUGUGUUAGAUGCUAAGUUACUAGAGUGCACCUUCAUCACGGUGAGGUUUGCUUUUUCAGUUAGAUGCUCACAUGUCUUACCCCUCGGAAAACAUUGACUGUGAUAUGUCAGGUUCGAAUGUGUCGGUUAGGGUUGUGGCUAUGUCAAAUGACUGCAAAAUAGCACAGUUUUCAAAAAAUCAAUCCCCCUCUACGUUUACUUUAAAUAACCCAGCUUGCGAUUCAGCGGCGGACUUGAGUAAGAGCAAAUCUCUAGAUUCCUAUUCGUCGAGUUUGAGAACGCAACCUCCAGGUGAUGAAGAGUGCAGUCUAUCCAUCAUAUACGGAAACGAAGCUCAGUACGUGGCAGAGGCAAGUCAUCUUCCCCAGUUGCCCGAGGGACACACACAUCGCUGGACAGUUUACGUCCGAGCGUACAAAGAGUAUGAGACAGCUGCGCUGGCGAAGAUCAUCCGGAAGCUUGCGCUUUCAGAUUGUGUUCGUGUUGGAGCCACACUAUAGGAACGAGUCAGUAAGUAAUCCGCCCUUCAUGGUGAGCCGUACCGGUUGGGGCGAAUUCGCUGUCAAAAUUCGAAUAUACUUCCAUGAUUCGCUCGCCACGAAGCCUCUGGUCCUGUCGCACGACCUACGACUAGUGGCCUACCACACUCCGGAACAAAGUGGGCACCACAGCGCGGAUGACUGGUCGUACGUGCCUUUUGUCCGCGAAGAAAAAUACGAUGAGAUCGUCGUCUUCAGACCGCUACCUCAGCAGAAAGCUCUGUUUGACGGCACCGAUGGCCAGGUUUCGAAGGCAAGCGCAAGCGCAAGCGCAUUGCAGGAAGGCCCCAGAGGCGACUGUAAAUCGAAUCACCACGAAGUAUCCAGAACGAAAGCGCUAAAAACGAUACUUCAUGCAAAAAAGGUAAUUAAUGCACGUUUGGGUGAUGUGAGAGCGCGGCUAAUUGCCAAUCGGGGAUGUACCACCUACCGCCCACUGCUGCAGCCUAUAGGUUUCGCACCUCUCAAGGGCGGUGAUACUCCUAAAAAACGAGCUGGCAGACCGAAGAAAGGAAUCGAGCGAAUAUACGAAUUUGUCGAAAAUAAAUCUGACAGGGAUCAUUCCAGUGACGGUUUUAUAAGUGAACACAAGUUCGCCAGCGAAAGCAAGGAACAAACGCAACCAUUGAACGACAGAAAUUUACUGAACGGAGCCGUAUAAGAGAAACGGAGCCGGUGAAGGACUAUGUCUAUCAGUGAUGACUCCUUGCGCGUGAUCGCGGGCUGUGUGAAACGAAAAUCCGUAGCAACGAAUAGGAAUAAAUUAUUGCCAGCCCUAGAGAAGCGAAUACAACAACCUGGUACAAUCUGAAGUAUCUAUUUAAAUUAAUGUACGUUCCUUAUUUUAACAAAGUUGCCAUAAUAUUGUCAGUAUUCGAUGUCGUAUCGGAAGCUUCUCAGGAAGUGUUCGUUAUUUAAUGCAAUUCUGCGACUUCCGUUCUUGUUACUGUAGGCGUGCACUAACCGUUAAAUAUAAUUGAGAUCUCAUUUUCUAGUAUGCAUGGCACCGAAGGUGAACUUGUAUUUCAGCCAAAUAUCGUUCAAUAAAGAAGCAACGAUGAAGUCAGCAAUUGCGUCGUGCUCUUUUUUUAAAAAGAGUCCGCUUGAAUGAAAAGCUUCUUCGCUGACGUUUCCCUUGUUUCAAGGUGGCCAUCUGUAUUCGUUGUGCAGACAGGACAUGGUAUCGCAAUCUAUCUGGCUACCUCAAUAUUUUAAAGUACGUAGCUGUACGCUAGGCUAUGACACGCAAAGGUUUAAUAUCGAACUCCGUACGUGAGGUAUUUCGGAAUGCGACUGGCCCAUUAUUUAUGAAAAUGAACGCGGUUUUCCAUCUCAUACAAAACCUUAAACUUUUUUGCUUCCUCUUAUUUCACUUGGUCGUGGGGUUUUCACCCGUUCAACGAUCUGCCGUAUCCCACGCCUCUUCCGCCCGUCCGCAAGAACUUUUUUUCGUGUAGCAACUUCGCGAACUUUUGCGACGAAACAAAAAGCUCCGACGCCUUCAUUCUUAUAAUGGCUCUUGAGAAUCUCAUGUGUUUUCUGCUUGUCAUGGAAUUUAAUCUUCGUUUCGGUCAUUCUUGACCUUCUUUGAACGGUAACAACAACGUGAUUGUAUGCAGAGUCCAGAUAAGUGGGUCGCUUACGCGAAACGAAUGUCCCUGUCUGUUCGGUAAGGCAUCGUAUUUUAUAUGUAUACGAAAUAUAGCAAUUUUAGUCAAAGCGGCUAUAGAUAAUACGCUGACGUAAGGAAUGCCAAUCGCAUUAGGGCUACCGGCUGGUGUUAGUAAACGAAUGAACCCUUCGGUCAAGAUACCGCAAAGUACAUUAGCACUACCAGGUAUAGCCAAUGAAAUUGAAAGUGAAGUAAGUCGUCAGAGUCUCGACGCACAUGUCUAAAUCGUGGAGAGGUACUUUUUUUUUCACCACUAUUAAAGUUAACUGCGUAAGCUUCAUAAUACUGCUACAAUUUUCCUAGGUGACCGCCUUUUUUAAUUUACCCGAAGACUCGAAAGGCAUUUGCCGGAAUUUAAAUUUAAUAAAGAAAACAGAAAUUGUCACAAAACCAUAAUAAAAUAUUGCAAAGGUUUUUUAGAAAGCUGGAAUUCGAAAACAAAUAGUAUUUACUCAAGAAUGCUGCCAAACUCGUACAACAGACGCGAAAAAAACUGCAAUUUGAGUAGCGGUUCCCGUAAAGUUCCUUAACUGAUAUCUGGGCAUUUAAAUAUCGUUUACGUUCGUAAGUGAAAACAAGUUAUUGACACGUGUUUACUAGAAUGUAUCACAUUUUAGAUUAGGUACUUCGGCAUCGUUGUAAAUAGUUUUGGA